GACUUGUUGUUACAUAUACAAAUGUGCAGUGCACAUAUAAUGCACUUCAUGCACCCAAUCUAGAUCCAGUUGAAGUCAAGCCGUGUAAGACAAACAAAGGGUUGGACGAUCGACUAAAAAAUCUUUAUCUGGAAAACCUUUAAUCCAUAUUGACUUGACUUGAGUGAAGUAUCUAUUUUGAGUUUUGGUAGAAGAAUGGCUGCUCCCUCCAAAGAAGAAGUUCACCAGAUUAUGGAGCUACGAGAAAGAUUGAAGGAUGUUCUAACCACGCCAGAUUCUCAAAGUGAAAGUUUUUUGCUCCGAUGGAUUCGUGCUCGAGAUCACAAUUUGGAUAGGGCUGAAGACCUUCUAAGAAAUCAUCUGAUAUGGAGAGAAGAACAUGAUGUUGACAAUGUUCUGGAUACUGAAAGUCAUGAUUCCGUAUCCUUCUUCGAACUAUUUCCGUACUGGGUGUCAGGCACGAGCAAAGAUGGCCACGUCGUGAUCGAAGUGCCGCUUGGGUCUUGGGAUAUCCGGAAAGCCUUUCUCGUUGACGAUGGGGAGAAGAAAUUUGGUUUGUACACGACGCAACUCUUUGAAAAGGUGAUGGCUCGAAUUCGAGAGUUGAAUGAGGAGAAGGCGUCGAGAGGGGAGUGGCCGUCCGCCCAAGUUUUCGGGGUCGUAAACUGGGAGGGCUACUCUUACAGUCAACUCCUAAAUUGGAAAGCUCUUCAGAAUUUGCUAACCAUUGCGAGCAAAUAUGAAGCUCAUUACCCAGAAAUUCUAUUCAAGGGCUUAUUCAUCAAUUGUCCAUCAAUAUUUCCCCUGUUGAUGGGCUUUAUCAAACAGAUCCUUGCGCCAAAAACAUUGGGAAAGCUUGAAAUCUUCUCUGGCUCGAAGAACAACGAGUGGGAAUCUGCCGUGAGAGAGCACGUGGAUCCGGAGCAGAUAGGAGUCCAAUACGGAGGUCUUCGUACGGACAGGGUGAUAAAUAAAUGAGACCAAACAACUAAUCCAUGUAUGUAUUUAUGUAGAUAGUAAUUUGUAAAUGUUAUAUUUUAUCCAGUUUGUAAUUCAAUAAAGAUCAGAAUUAUUUCAUAAAUUGU